AUGGCUGACGAAGACGUGAUGCCGAUGAACGGUUUCGACGCGCAGAUAAUCCAGUUGCUAUCGAAUCACUCGAAGGACGGAAUCGUCAUGCCGGUGAUGAACCAUGUCGUCGAUGAGGCGAUGAAGCAGCAUAUUCAGCAGAUUCAGCAGCAUCAUCAACUUCAGCAGAAUCAGCACUGCGCGAAACGAGGCAGAGAGGAUGUGACGAGUCGAUCUCGUGCGGAGAUCAUCCGAUGGGUUUUGGAUAGCGAAGAGCUCACAAAAGUUUGUGUCUGCCCGUAUUGUCUCAAAAUUCAUUCGCGUCGAGACAACGCACGAGUGCACAUGAAGAAUCAGCAUAAGGGAUUGCCGAUACGCGAGUUCGUCGUCAACGUCGACGCGAGCAUCGAAGAAAUUACGGUAGACGUGGUCGGUGUUUGCGGACAAACCGCCGAUGCUUGCGGUCCGUCGAUGAUCCACGGUGAUCCUGUCGCCAGUGGCGCCCUUCAUGCGGUUAGUUCGCCGCGGCCGUCCUCACUCCUUCGUAAUCCGAUCCACUUAAUUCGGUCCCUCAAUUAUUCCGAAUCGAGCUAUUCGAAAUAUUCCGCUCAACUCUGUCCGCGAACACCGAUGAGCCACGUGGCAUUGUACAGUGAGCCGACAGCUGAAAAAGAAAUAAUAAAGUGCAAAUUUUGUGAGAAAGUGUACAAAGUGAAUCAUGGUAGUAGCGGUUUCAUUCGGCACCUUCGUUGUAAACAUCCGAAUAUGAUUGGAUCAUUUUUGGAUGACGAAUUUACCAGAAUGCAUGAUGUGGUGAAGAAGCCGAGACUCGAUGAGAAGCCGAUCAUCGAUGGAACACUUUAUAGCGAAAUGUUCAUGCCAGUGGUCAGUAUGGAGGAUCAAUUGGGUACAUUCCUCUUGGAUAUUGACCGACGAAGCAAGGAAAUUGAUGAUCUGAAGACGGAGAAGGAGGCGGGGUCUUCGUUAUUGGAGCCUCCGCAAUCAGAUCGCAAUUCACGUGAUAACACUCCGUCAAGUAGCAUAGUAGCGAGCGAGAUUCCUGAUCAAAGUCGAAACUCUGGUUCACCGAAUCGUCCAUUUGGAUGCGUCGGCUGCCCGUGCUCUUACAACAAACUCAAGGAUCUCGUGCAUCACGUGACCAGUCUGCACCGCACAUUCUAUCGCUGCAAUAGCUGUCUCGCCGAGUUCGUGAAGCCCGAACAUCUCGAGAUGCACUAUUACAGUACCCAUUCUGGCACUUGA